CUCUCACAAGCCGCCAGGCUUUUCUGCUACAUGUAAUGGUGAUACAGGUUGAAGGUCUCCUGUCUAAAAGCUCAAGUCCCCGCCCACUUAGGUGCUGAAGUUUCGCACGAGCCUCUGAACGCGGUGCCGUAAGGUCCUUGCAGGAAUGUAGUUCUCUCGGCUUUUGUUUCGCUUCUUUAUUUUCUCAGUCUCCGAAAUGUCGAUGUGAUAUUUAAGAGCUCGGUCAAACAGGGGUUUCACCAACCUCGUUAGGCGAUGAAGUUCUUGGCAGAGCUAAGUAGGCGCAUGUAAUAAUACACCGCUUACAGGACCUUGCGCGACUGACUGAGAGUCCGAGGAGGAGGGGAGCGAAUGUGAGAGAUUCCGGAGUGAGGCCGCAACUCAUACACUCACAGUACGGACUAGGGACAUGUUUGGGGAGGAUUCGUGAUUCCGCGGUGCCGCCAGCGAGAGAAGAGAGCGAAGGAAUUAAUAGGAGUCGCGGCGAGGAGGAAGAGAGGGGGGAGGGAAUACAAAAUGGCGGACGGGCUGCGACUCCUGGGAGUGUGAGAGACUAGUUCAGGGCACCGGGCAGGACGUGUCACGGCGGAGUUUACACCGUAUGAGUGGGACUGUACAGGCGCCACACGGUGAAUUUUUAAACCAUGGUCACAUUCUGGCUUUGACCUCCCUAUUUGUCUCCCAUCAUGUCAAGUUCAGGAUACCCUUCAAAUCAAGGAGCUUUCAGCGCAGAACAGAGUCGAUACUCUUCUCACCCCCUACAAUACACCUUCUCCAGCAGCCGGCAUCAGCAGGAAUUUCCUGUUUCUGAUUAUCGAUCUUCUCACUUGGAAGCAUCCCAGCUCUUACAGCAGCAGCAGCUUCGGAGACGGCCUUCUUUGUUGUCAGAAUUUCACCCAGUGUCCGACAGACCCCAAGACAGAAGAUCAGGCUAUGAGCAACAGUACCAUUCCAUUUCCCAAAAUGAUCAUGAAGCCCUGGAAUCAAAACGACCUCGAUUAGACCAAGUGUCGGAAUCUCAUUACAGAGUCAACCCUUUGCUAUCCACCAUCCAGGAGGGUGUCCUAGGGCAAAGUGAAGUUAAGAAGGAACAAGGUUUGCCAAGCAAACAUGAGCCUUCUUCAUCUCAUCUUGCUGGGCAACCUGGAGAUGAUCAGGAUGCCUCUCCAUCUAAACUUUCAAAGGAAGAACUUAUACAGAGUAUGGACCGGGUGGACCGUGAGAUUGCUAAAGUUGAACAGCAAAUAUUGAAGCUGAAGAAAAAACAGCAACAGCUUGAAGAAGAAGCAGCAAAACCUCCAGAGCCAGCGAAGCCCGUUUCCCCUCCACCUGUGGAACAGAAGCAUCGCAGUAUAGUCCAAAUUAUUUAUGAUGAGAACCGGAAAAAAGCAGAGGAAGCACAUAAGAUUUUAGAAGGUCUAGGUCCAAAAGUAGAACUGUCAUUUCUUUUACAGCCUCUUUAUAACCAGCCAUCAGACACGAAAAUUUAUCAUGAAAACAUCAAGACGAAUCAGGUGAUGAGGAAAAAACUUAUACUGUUCUUUAAGAGACGAAAUCAUGCUAGGAAACUAAGAGAACAGAACAUUUGUCAGCGCUAUGAUCAGCUGAUGGAGGCUUGGGAGAAGAAAGUUGACAGGAUAGAAAAUAAUCCUCGAAGAAAAGCGAAGGAGUGCAAAACCAGAGAAUAUUAUGAGAAGCAAUUUCCUGAAAUCAGGAAGCAGAGAGAGCAGCAGGAGCGUUUUCAGAGGGUUGGGCAGCGAGGAGGACUGUCAGCAACCAUAGCCAGGAGUGAACAUGAAAUAUCUGAAAUUAUUGAUGGUCUUUCUGAACAGGAGAAUAACGAAAAGCAGAUGCGACAACUCUCCGUCAUUCCACCCAUGAUGUUUGAUGCAGAGCAAAAGAGGGUGAAAUUUAUUAAUAUGAAUGGUUUGAUGGAAGACCCCAUGAAGGUGUACAAAGAGCGGCAGUUUAUGAAUCUGUGGACUGACCACGAGAAGGAGAUUUUUAAAGAAAAAUUUGUACAGCACCCUAAAAACUUUGGACUGAUCGCCUCGUAUCUGGAAAGAAAGACUGUUUGCGACUGUGUUUUAUAUUAUUAUUUAUCUAAGAAAAAUGAAAAUUUUAAAUCCCUUAUGAGAAGAAAUUAUCCUAAGAGGAGAGGACGCAACCAGCAACAGAUAACACGCCCUUCCCAAGAAGAAAAGGAAAUUGAAAAAGUAGAGGAGGAGAAAGUAGAUAGAAAUGACAAAAAGGAAGAAGAAAGGAGGGAAGAAGAAGAAAAAGAGGAGAAGGAAGAGCUUAGGGAGGGUACCAAAGACAAAAUUGAUGCUGUAGCCGAAGAUGGGGAAGAAAAAGAUCAAUCCAUGCAAAGGGGUCGUAAAACUGCGAAUAGCCAAGGCAGACGAAAGGGUCGAAUCACCAGAUCCAUGGCAAAUGAAGCUGCUACGGCGGGAAAUACUAUCGGCACUGCAACUACUGCUCCAGCCUCUACCACUAGCACCACCACAACUACCACCACUGUUGCACCUGUUACUGUGGCACCACCUUCAGAGGAACCAAACUCUCCUCCUCCACCACCACCAGAAGAACAAACUUCGCCAGACACCGUGGAGACCUCCCGUUGGACUGAAGAAGAAAUGGAAGUUGCUAAAAAAGGUUUGCUCGAACAUGGUCGAAAUUGGGGAGCGAUUGCAAAGAUGGUGGGAUCAAAAAGUGAAUCCCAGUGUAAAAAUUUCUACUUUAACUACAAAAGACGACACAAUCUAGACAAUUUGCUUCAGCAGCACAAACAGAAGUCAUCCCGGAGGCCUCGAGAGGAACGCGAUGUGUCUCAAUGUGACAGUAUUGCUUCUACUGUAUCUGCACAGGAAGAUGAUGAAAAUGAAGCCUCUAAUGAGGAGGAAAACCCUGAAGACAGUGAAGGUGCAGAAAACAGUUCAGACACUGAAAGUGCCCCAUCUCCUUCCCCUGCUGAAGCAGCCAGAUUAGGCGAUGACUCUGUUGAUAGAACCACUUCUUCGGUAUCCAUGGAAGCUCCUCCAGAACAAGAUGCUGCUAGCAAACCUGCUUCAGAUUCAUCUCCCUCUCCUAUAGUAGAAAAUACAAAGCCCCCAGAGACUCAAUAUGCAGAGCUUAAAGUGAAGGAAGAAAUAAGCACAGAGAAUGAGCAGACAAUGGAGGUGGAAGAGAGAAGUCAGAGUGCAGAACUAAAAUCAGCACUUAAUCUCCAAGUACAGACUAAAGCAGAACCAUAUGAGACAGAAGCAAAACCAACUGAGAGUACUACACAAGUGAAAACAGAGGUUGACUCCAAAGAGGAUGACUCCAUGGAAAGGUUAAUGGAUAGAGCAGAGGCGGCUGAUAUGGGAUAUGCACCACCCCAAAACAUUAGUCAGGCCAGGCAAGAGUCACAGUCAGACAAUGACUCCAGCGCUACCUGCAGUGCUGAUGAGGAGGUUGAUGGAGAACCUGACAGGCCAAGGAUGUAUUCUUUCGGUUCAAAGCCUUCCCUGCUGAAUCAGGCGGGAACUUUUUUAAAACAAGGACCAAUGGAUUUACAACAGUUACAGCACCGAGCUGCUGUAAUACCUCCAAUGACAUCCUGUAGUCCUUGCAAUUUAACUACGGGAACAGCUAUAGCAGCGAGCAACUUUUCUAUGUACCAGAGACAUCUCUAUGAAAAUAGUCUCCUAGAAGAGCAAAGACAGAGACAAGAACAGCUGACUUUGGAAAACAGAAUGUCAGCCAGCCCAGGAAACAUGUCUAAGAGCCCAAAUAUGGAUUGGGAAGGAAAAUCAGUCUAUAUGCCUUACACUGAAGUCAAGCAUCCUUUUGAGCAUGAAGCACAAAUGCAAAAUGUUGCUCGGUCUGUUUCACCAUACCGGCUCUCUCCUAGAGAUGUCGGCAGAGCUUCUCCACAAGUAGAUAUGAAUCCGUCUCGUUACUGUGUCCCUCCAGUAUUACAGCCUGCUCCACAUCAAGUCAUUACCUCCUUAUCAGAUAGUGCAAGACUGCCAGUGACUCGCCCAACCCGUCCUCCCCCACCUCUGAUCCCGUCCUCCAAAACUUCAGCAACUUCUUCUGAUAAGCCAUCUUUCAUUACAGGAGGCUCAAUAUCACAGGGAACACCUGGCACUUACUUAGCGUCACUCAGCCAGCCUUACAGCCAGGAAACAUUGAAGCCCUCUGUGGGUUCCAUCUCCCUUGGCCUACCAAGGCAACAUGAAUCUACAAAAAUUGGCUGUGUGACCUACAUCAAGCAAGAAGAGUUUCCUUCUCGAGGCCAGAGUUCUCAGCCUGAAGGACUACUAGUCAGAGCACAGCAUGAAGGUGUUGUCAGAGGCUCCAUGGCUGCAAUUCAGGAGGGGAGCAUCACUAGAGGCACUCCAGCAACCAAAGUUCCAUUGGAAGCAGUUUCCACCCUUCGUGGGUCCAUUACUCAGGGUACACCAGCUCUUUCACAGUCUGGUAUUGCUGCUGAUGUUUUGUUAAAGUCCACCAUCACUAGACUGGCAACAGAGGAUAUUGGUAGUCCGGAGAGGUGCAGGGAGGAUACCUCUGCUAAAGGGCAUGUUAUAUAUGAAGGCAAGAGUGGGCACAUUGUAUCUUAUGACACUAUCAAGAAUAUGCGAGAAGGAACCAGGAGCCCAAGGACAGCACCUGAGGUGGCUCUGAAGAGAGCAUAUGAUACCAUGGAGGGAAAUAUUAAGCAAGCCAUGUCUGUAAGAGAAGCCGCUGUAUCAGGACCUAUGGAAGGACUGAUAUGUCGUACACUGCCUAAAGGAAGUCCACAUCCAGAACUCAAAGAUAGGCAAGUCUUGUCUGGUUCAAUCAUGAAAGGCACUCCGAGAACAACAUCAGACAACUUUGAUGAUGGCCUUAAGUAUGCAAAGCAAAUAAAACUUGAAAGUCCGCCUAUAAGAUCCUUUGAGGGAGCCAUCUCAAAAGGCAAACCUUAUGAGGGUGUCACCACGAUUAAAGAGCUGGGGCGAUCUAUUCAUGAAAUUCCCAGACAAGAUCUUGUAAGCCAAGAAAGUCGCAAGACUCCUGAAAGUUCAAGGCAAAUAAUGGAAGGUUCCAUUUCACAGGGCACACCCAUAAAAUAUGAAAGCACUUCAGGGCAGUCUGCUAUCAAACACAAUGUGAAGUCUUUGAUAACAGGCCCAAGUAAUCUAUCCUGGGGAGUACCUCAGAUGGACAAUAUGCCCGAAAAUUUAAAAAUGGGGGAACGUUCAAAACACGAAGACACCAAAUCAUCUGACGCCAUCAGAUCACGCCAUACGUCUGUUGUCAGCUCAGGUCCAUCUGUGCUCCGAUCAACCUUGCAUGAAGCUUCUAAAUCUCAGUUAAGUCCUGGGAUUUAUGAAGACAAUAAUGCUAGAAGGACUCCAGUCAAUUACCCCAGUCCCAUGUCAAGAAGCUCACCUAUGGCACGCUCAGCAGAAGGUUGUCUUACCCCAUCCAAGUCUUCCAGCCAUGAAAGAAAAAGCACUUUGACUCCCACCCAGAGAGAGAGCAUAGUUGUGAAGUCACCUGUUCCUGGUGUGGACCCUUCUGCAGCACACAGUCCCUUUGACACUCAUCUCCGAAGUGCUCCACCUGGAGAUGUUUAUAGAGCACAUUUGCCUCCUCACCUAGAUCCUGCUCUUCAGUUCCACAGACCAUUAGACCCAGCUGCUGCUGCUUACCUGUUCCAAAGGCAGCUGUCACCCACACCUGGUUACCCUAGUCAGUACCAACUGUAUGCCAUGGAGAACACAAGGCAGACAAUCCUAAAUGACUACAUAACCUCGCAACAGAUGCAGGUUAAUUUGAGGCCGGAUGUUGCUAGAGGACUUUCCCCAAGAGAUCAGGGACUAGGUAUUCCAUAUCCUGGAGCCAGAGGGAUUAUUGACCUUACCAAUAUGCCUCCAGCAAUACUGGUCCCUCAUCCAGGUGGCACAAGUACACCACCCAUGGACAGGAUUACUUACAUUCCUGGCACACAACUGGCUUUUCCUCCUAGGCCUUACAACCCUGCGUCCAUGUCUCCAGGACAUCCUGCACAUUUAGCAAAUUCUGUCAGUGCUGAACGGGAAAGGGAAAGAGAGCGGGAGAGGGAAAGAGAUCGAGAGAGAGAAAAGGAGCAACGUGAAAGGGAAAGAGAUCGUGAGCGAGAAAGAGAUCGGCUUGCUCAUGCUGCUGCUGCUGCUGCUUCUGCUCCUAGUGAACAUUACCUACGACCUGUCAGCGAACAGCCAAGCAGGCCGAGUAGCAGGCCGAGUAGUCAUGGGUAUGUGCGCUCACCGUCGCCUUCAGUCAGAGCUCAGGAAAGUAUUAUGCAGCAAAGGCCAAGUAUUUUCCAGGGAACUAAUGGAAAAAGUGUCAUCACACCCUUGGAUGCAGCUCAGUUUCGGAUCAUGCCUCCGACUCCAGGAGCAGCCUCAAUUACACAGGGGAUACCUGCCUCCCGUUACAGCACAGCUGCGGAUGCAUUGGCCGCACUUGUUGAUGCAGCAGCUUCUGCUCCUCAAAUGGAAGUUGCCAAGCCAAAGGAAAGCAAAAAUGACUCUGCACGUAGCGAAGAGAAUCUAAGCAGGCGUAAUGCACUGGAGCAGCAGCAACAGAUCGACUGUGAACGGAGGGUCAUGCAGAGCCCUUACACAUCCUCCAGUUUCUCUAGCAGCAAGUCACAGAGCCAGCCUUCCUCUGCUGUCUAUUCAGAAGCAGGCAAAGAAAGAACAGCGCACACAAAGUCACGCUAUGUAGAGGAGCUACGAAUGCGAGGGAAGACCACUAUCACUGCUGCCAACUUCAUUGAUGUUAUAAUCACUCAGCAGAUCGCUUCUGACAAAGAUGGUAGAGAGAGAAAUUCACAGAGCUCGGAUGCUUCAAGCAGUCAUUCAUCACAUCGAUAUGAAGCUCCCAGAGAAACUAUAGAAGUUAUCAGUCCAGCAAAUUCACCAGUUCAGGAAAAGGAGUCCUACCCACAAGAGAUGCCCAAAUCAAGCCAAACUGAGACAGGUGAAGGCAGCCGGAAAUAUGAUGGGCAGCCCAAUCGCUACCGGCAACAGCAAGAGUCUCCUCCGCAACAGACCAUUCCAGGGCAUGUACCACAAACUCAUCGCCUCAUCACGUUAGCUGAUCACAUAUGUCAUAUUAUUACCCAAGACUUCGCCAGGAAUCAACCUGUAAACCAACCUUUGCAGCAACCUCCUGCAUCUACAUUCCAGAGCACUAACCCUACAUCCACAGCAGUGCGAACGAAGGCAUCCAGCAGGUUCAGCCCCGAAUCUCAAGUACAGCCUAUGCAUAGUCAGCGCCCUGCCUCUAGGGUGUCUCCGGAAAACAUACCCGACAAACCCAGAGGAAGGCCUGGAAAGUCUCCUGACAGAGGACACAUCUCUGAGCCAUACGAGCCUAUCUCACCUCCACAAGCACCUAUGUUGCAUACUAAACAAGACAAUAUGAUGUUACUUUCCCAGAGGCAGGAGCCCCCUGAGCAGAGAAACGACUCCCGUUCCCCUGGAAAUAUUAAUUAUCUGCCCUCAUUCUUCACUAAAUUGGAAAAUACGUCCCCAAUGGUGAUGUAUAAGAAGCAAGAGAUCUUUCGCAAGUUGAACUCUUCUGGUGGUGGUGACUCUGACAUGGCAGCUGCACAACCAGGCACGGAGAUAUUUAACCUGCCGGCUGUCACUACCUCUGGUGCGAUCAGCUCUCGGGGCCAUUCUUUUGCUGACCCAGCCAGUAACCUAGGCCUGGAGGACAUUAUCCGCAAAGCACUAAUGGGCAGCUUUGAUGAGAAAUCAGAAGAUCACGGUGUACUGGUGGGCGUGGCACAAGGAAACCCAUCAGGGACACCUAACAGUGACUCACGUAGAGAAGAGGCUAACCCAUCACCUAAUUCAGUUCUCCAUGUUACAGGCGGAGGAACCCACAAGCAAAAGUUGAUAAGCAAAUAUGGCAGUCGCAAAACGAAGUCGCCCAUAUCUGGCAGUCAAACAUACUUGGGGGCUGAACGGCCCUCUUCUGUCUCCUCCGUUCAUUCCGAAGGAGAUUACAGGCAGGCUUCAGCAUGGGCCUGGGAAGACCGACCUUCUUCCACAGGUUCCACUCAGUUUCCAUACAAUCCUCUAACCAUGGGAAUGCUGAACAGCACACCGCCAUCCUCUAUGUCCUGCAUUCCCACAUCCAUGACUCAGACCUCUGCACACCAGCAGAGCCGAAUCUGGGAGAGGGAACCUGCACCUCUUCUUUCUGAACAGUAUGAAACUCUGUCAGACAGCGAUGAGUGAAACGAGUGAGGCACCUAUGUGUCCCGAUGUCCCUGUACGUCUGUCAGACCUUCUCAGACAUGGAGUGAAGCAGACAGAGAGCUGCAGGGAAUCCGAAGCCAUGUACAAAUGAUAAUAAAAUACGAGCACUGGUCUGCUCGGCCGGGCCCCCCGUUAGGAGAAUGUAAUUAAUAAAGUCGAGGCUCUUCGUAAAAAUAUGUAAAGAAGUUUUAAAGAGAUAAAUGGACAAUUAUCAAUUUACACUUAUAUGUAAAGAAACCCUUAAUGUCUUCAAAUCUUUCUUCUGUAAAUAUUUGCAGUGUUAUUUUGUUUUGUUUCUUUGCUCUAGUAACUGGUGUAUGUAUGUUUCAAUCGGGGCCUCGGCUCUGGAGGACAUUUAUUUUGUAUGUUUUUUGUUUUCAGUUUUCUCAAACAAAACUAAAUGUAGGAUCUAAAAAUCAGACCCUAACAAUGUUCAUUAGCCCUGCCCCUUAAGAUGAAAGGCCUAGUACAAUUUAGGACUUCAUCCUCAGUCUAAGCCCUUCUCAUCUGUCAGUUUUUCUGGCCCAUAAGAGAAGUCUGGUCACACAAUAAUCCUCUACACAACUCGGAUUAUUCAAUACAAACAGAACAUCGCAGCCUAACCGCAUAAAACAAUCGUGAAACCGACGUUCUCCCUUUAUAGCAGAACUAUGAGUGAAGCUUUCCUGCACUAGCAAUGAUCAUUGCAAAACUCAUGUCUGUGAAUUUUAGGUUCUGGGUUUUAAUUUGCUGCAGGAACACGUCCCCCAGGGUGAAUAGUUGUGUAUCAGUGGGAUUGUUACCAAUCCGGUAUCGGUCAGGUUGGUAGCUUUUAAAUGCUUUUCCCCCCCCCCUUACAAUUUCAUUUAAUUAUGUUCAUGGAUUCUAAUAAAAACUGGUUUCCUGCAGAAUAAUA